AUCUUAGAGAAGAGUAUGUUUGAUUGCUGACCAAUGGAGUCAAAAUCUCAAGUAAUCAGUGGCCAUCGCGAGAAGUUCAUCAGGUUGGAUAGUAUGGACCCAAGGAGUCCUGAAGCAGGUCUAAACAGAUGCACAAUAAACAUACAAAGACCAAAACGUUUUACUCAAGCAAACAAAACAUCAUCCGGUUCUUUCAAGAAAGGCUUCAGAAAAGGAUCCGAGGGGCUUUGGUCCAUAGGCAGAUCCAUAGGACUCGGUGUCUCCCGCGCCGUCUUCCCUGAAGAUCUCGAAGUUUCGGAGAAGAAGAUCUUUGAUCCGCAAGACAAGUUCCUUCUCCUCUGCAACAAGCUCUUCGUAGCUUCUUGCAUCCUAGCUGUAUCCGUGGACCCGCUCUUCUUGUUUCUCCCCUUCAUCAACGAUAAAGCCAAAUGCGUUGGUAUAGACCGGAAGCUAGCGAUUGUGACGACCACGCUGAGGACGGUUAUAGAUUCUUUUUAUCUCUUUCACAUGGCGUUAAGGUUUAGAACAGCUUACGUCGCUCCUUCGUCGCGUGUUUUUGGUCGUGGAGAGCUUGUCAUAGACCCUGCGCAGAUAGCUAAACGGUAUCUGCAACAGUAUUUCAUCAUAGACUUGCUUUCUGUGCUUCCCGUUCCACAGAUUAUAGUAUGGAGGUUCCUCUACAGUUCUAGAGGAGCGAACGUUCUGGCAACAAAACAAGCACUUAGAUACAUAGUGUUAGUCCAAUACAUUCCGCGGUUUCUUCGUAUGUAUCCUUUAAGUUCAGAGCUGAAGAGAACCGCGGGAGUGUUCGCCGAAACCGCGUGGGCUGGUGCAGCUUACUACUUGCUACUUUACAUGCUUGCAAGUCAUAUUGUUGGAGCGUUGUGGUAUUUGCUUGCUUUAGAACGCAAUAACGAUUGCUGGAGUAAGGCGUGCAAAGAUAACGACAACUGUACUAGAAACUUUUUGUUUUGCGGUAACCAAAACAUGAAAGGUUAUGAUGCUUGGGACGAUGUUAAAGAUCCGUUUCUCCAGCUGCGUUGUCCUGUCAAUGUCACUGAAGGCGAAGAGCCUCCCUUUGAUUUUGGGAUCUACUUGAGAGCUCUCUCCUCUGGCAUUGUCUCAUCUAAAAAGUUUGUCUCAAAGUACUUCUUCUGCUUGUGGUGGGGACUACAAAAUCUUAGCACGCUUGGGCAAGGGCUUGAAACUAGCACAUACCCUGGAGAGGUUAUAUUCUCCAUAGUACUUGCUAUUGCUGGACUUCUACUCUUUGCCCUCCUCAUUGGAAACAUGCAGACUUAUCUUCAAUCGCUUACUAUCCGGUUAGAAGAAAUGCGAGUCAAGAGACGCGACUCAGAACAGUGGAUGCACCAUCGAAUGCUUCCACCUGAGCUAAGGGAACGAGUCAGAAGAUACGACCAGUACAAGUGGUUGGAGACGCGUGGAGUCGAUGAAGAGAAUCUCGUUUCCAACCUCCCCAAGGAUCUCAGAAGAGACAUCAAACGUCAUCUCUGUCUCGCCUUAGUCCGAAGAGUUCCAUUGUUUGAGAACAUGGACGAGAGGCUGCUAGAUGCAAUCUGUGAGCGGCUCAAGCCAUGUCUAUACACCGAGAAGUCGUUCUUGGUCCGUGAGGGAGACCCUGUGAACGAGAUGCUCUUCAUAAUCCGUGGCCGGCUCGAGAGUGUAACAACAGACGGUGGAAGGAGCGGCUUCUACAACCGCAGCUUACUUAAAGAAGGAGACUUCUGCGGCGACGAGCUUCUGACAUGGGCCCUAGAUCCCAAAUCAGGCUCUAACCUACCGUCCUCGACAAGAACCGUCAAGGCCUUGACCGAAGUAGAAGCUUUCGCUUUGAUAGCUGACGAGCUUAAGUUCGUGGCGAGCCAGUUCAGGAGACUGCACAGCAGACAAGUGCAGCACACUUUCAGAUUCUACUCGCAGCAGUGGAGGACUUGGGCUGCUUGCUUUAUCCAAGCUGCGUGGAGACGGUACACAAAGAGGAAGAAACUGGAGGAGCUUAGGAAAGAAGAGGAGAUGGAGGAAGAGUCUUCUACUGCGAGGCUUAUCGCGGGAGGUAGUAGUCCUUUUAGCAUCAGAGCGACGUUCUUGGCUUCAAGGUUUGCAGCUAAUGCGCUUCGUGGUGUUCGGAAGAACCGGACUGCUAAACUGUUAGCUUUGUCGCAACCAACUAAAGAGUUGUUGAAAGUUCAGAAACCUCCUGAACCAGACUUCUCUGCUGAUUGCUGACAAUACAUUUGAUUCAGUUGUACACAAUCACAAAGAUGUUUUGGUUCUCAAAAGAUACUUAGUUGGGUGUUUAUAAAUGCUUUUUAAUACCCAAAAAUAUUGUAAUAUAAAAUGAUUUAUUCUGAAUAUUCAUUCCACAGAAAUUGUUUUCAGUUUAUUUUAAGACUUAAAUUUGAUUGGUU